GAUUCAGUACACCGCAAGCCUCAGCGCCAGCAGGACUGGUGGUCCCUGGCUCGCUCCUUUCUCGUUCUCUCAUGAGCAAAAAAGUAUCGCGAGUUCAGUUGAGUUUCUUCAUUCGGUCGAGUGCACGCGUUGGUGAAUCUUCGGGGUUAUCGCACCUCUAGUGGAUUUUCAUUAUUUUUUUAUUUUUCCAAUUCGAGGAUACAAGCCGAUCCUGGUAUGCUUUAGUCGCUGGUGACAGAGUGUAUGCAGGAUCCAUCGAAACGAUGUCUGAUGCUCAGAUUGAUGCCUUUCUCGCUCAUUGCCGGUGAGGAUCUAUACACGAAGUAUACAGCCGUCAACCCGAUCAAAAGCCACCCCAUCUCAACGCCACACACCACGUGCUAACCUCAAGCGCGCGCGCAGUCUUAUCGAUCGACGUCGGCCGGCUCCGUGGCAGAGGGGAGCAAGCAACCACUCGACGCAAACUGCAGGCAUCAGUCGCGCGGCUCGAGCCUCGUGGGAUGAGCUGCUCGUGAGAGAGAAAGAGUCUCAGACUAAUCGCGUGCGAGAGAAGAUCGAGUCACACACACACACACGCACACACACACACACACAGAUGUCGAUGAUCAAGGCAUCCGCCGACGUGAUCGGCUUCCUGCUGCUCUCCCUCGUGGCGAUAAUCAAGUCGCUGGCGAGAGCAUGCGUGCCGAGCAAGUACAGGAUGAAGGAUGUUGCCGGCGAAAUCGCACUGGUCACCGGUGGCGGCAGUGGCCUGGGAAGACUCAUCUCGCUCAGACUCGCUGAGCUCGGUGCUAUCGUCGUCGUUUGGGACGUCAACGCCCAGGGUCUCAACGAGACGGUGAAGAUGGUCCAGGAGGCCGGCGGCACCUGUUACGGCUACGUGUGCGACCUCUGCGAACGCGAGGACGUGUACAAGAAGGCGGCCCUUCUCGCCAAGGAGGUCGGAAGGGUAUCGAUCCUCGUAAACAACGCAGGAGUCGUCACCGGAAAGAAGUUCCUCGACUCGCCGGACCAUCUGAUCAAGCGCACUAUGGACGUUAACAUCAUGAGUCACUUUUGGACGGUAAAAGCUUUCCUGCCGGCGAUGUGUAAGGAGAACAAAGGUCACAUCGUGAGCAUCGCCAGCCUCGCAGGACACGUCGGCUGUCCCAAGCUCGUCGACUACACGGCCUCCAAGUUCGCCGCGGUCGGAUUCGACGAGGCCCUGCGCAUGGAACUCGAGGCCGACGGAUACGACAUCAAAACUACUGUGAUUUGCCCGUACUUCAUCAAGAGUACCGGCAUGUUCGACGACGUUAUGGCAAGAAAUGAUAUAACGAUCAGAUUCAUCCCAACCUUGAGCCCGGUCCAAGUGGCGGAUCGAGUCAUAACAGCCAUGAGGUGCAACGAGAAGUACGCCAUCAUCCCGAGUUACUUGCAAGUGCUGCUGGCUGUCAAAUGGAUGUUCCCAUGGAAGUGCGCCAACAUGCUGCUGAGAGGCCUCGUACACGACGCAGCGCCUACGGACAGUCACUCUGCAGUCGCCCAGAUACCACCCACCCCCGCCGCCGUCACCAAGCUCAUCAGCGAAGAAUCGGCCAACAACAAGGACCAGGGCAACGGUACCGUUCUCCACCAACAACUCGCCAGGCGCGUCUCCAGCUCCGAGAGGAAGCCCUAGAAGCUGGCGCUUUCUUUUCUGCGCAAACUUUUCUACCAUAUAACGGAUGGACUGCGGAAUUCUAUUUUUAUACGCCGACCCAUGUGCGGCUCGUUUUUUACACGUAUAUACAAUUUGCGCAGAGACAUCGGAUGUCUUCCAUGUACAAAACAACGAGUUAUAGUGGAUAAGCUGUUUUUUUUUUCUUUUGGUCCAAAGUGCCAUCGCCUUGCCUUCGGUGUUAUUGUAAUGAUGUAUGAUAAUUGUUCUAAGCGUAUAGGAUAGCGUUACACGGAUAGAUUGUCGCUGGACGACGAAGCUCGAGACUCGUCGGAUAUAUAACUGACCCUUAUAUACACGUUGAUAUCAUCGGUUGUACGUUUUUACAUAUAGACGAGAGGAUGGAAGACGAUAUAUCAAACUUAGGCUUAUACAAAUAUACGAGGUUGUAGUAAAUACAUUUUAUCGAGAACCCGAAAGGCACACAAACCGAACAAUUGAUAGUUGAUUUGUACAUUGAUUAUUAUGUAUAUCCUGUUGUGAGGCGCUCGAUAAAGAUCGCCGUAAUCUAAUGUAGUUUUUACGGAACUUUAUUCUGUUCGUCGUCUGCACGAGCGUGUAAUUGUUAACGUAGUUGUAUAAGACACCUAUUGCGUAUAUAGAUUUUAUAAAUAAAAACAAAACGAGAGCUUAAUAAUGAGCGACAGUGACGUGGCCAAAAUCGUUAUAUUUUUAUCGACGAAGAGCGAAAUUUCACGUUGACGUUUUAUACAAUAUACAUUUUUAUAUACAUCAUGGACUAUAACAGACAAAAGCCCGGAUACGUUGUGCACCGUCCGUGACUGAUUUUAUACAGACCAGAAAAUAACGAAAGUGUCAAAGGAAACGUGGCAAAAUAUCUCAAUCAUCAGGGUAAUAACUUUUCUUCGCGCCGGACCAAGUUCGCAGGCUUCAGCACGACCUCCUGCGAACGACGAGGCGUAUAAUAUCGCACAAUAAUAUGUUACAUAGAUGUAUAUUAUCUAAUCGUUAUUAUAUUAUACAUAUAGUUGGUAGGUAAACACACUGUAUGCGUACAAACGUCAUACUGAAAACAUAUCGAUACCUAUGCGUGAGCAAGAUCGUUUGUAUGUUCUUGUAAUAAAAAUGUAUCAUAUAAGAAUCAAAUAUAAUACAUGUUUACUUUUA